AGGGGUUUCUGGAGUCAGUUGACAUCGUCGACUCUAGUGAGGCGCGCCGGAGGCGACACGCACACGUAAUUUUUGAGCAACUUUGGUCCUUUUCCCCCCACUUCGUCGAAAAGGGAUAAUAGCGCGAGCUCGGAGUGUAUGUUUACUAACAUUCGUUGCGAAAACAUGCUGGAUCCCUGGUUUUAUCACUGGUUCUUUUUUACUUGGUGGUCCGUUAGGUAAUUGAAUUGCCAGCUGGAUUAUUUUUGCAACGCUGCUUGCUGGCCGAAAUUAAGUUAAUUAAUCUGUCCAGGGAUUUAAGAUCCAGCGAUAUUUAAUUGGACUAGUUUGCAAAACGAAGUAAAAUCGUCGUUCGAAUCAUUCCGAUGCCCAGCUAACUAGACUAUAGCUAGUGAGCCGGGGCUUGCUGCGCCCAAGCCGGGCGAAGAUUGACGCUGCACGGUGUCAUCCAACUGAAGAGGAUCGAGUUUAUUAGGCGACAAUGCUUGAAAUAAUGUCCGAACACCAAGAUUCAUUACUGAAGUGCAAAGCAGAGACUCUGCCAUCAGAGAGAAGAAAGAGGACAGUGGAGGACUUCAACAAGUUUUGCAGUUUUGUUCUCGCGUAUGCUGGUUACAUCCCUUCUCCAAAGGAGGAAAGGCCAUGGUCCCCAGCAUCCUCCAGUUCUCCAAACAGCUCUGGUGCUUCAGGUGAAGGCAGCGUUUUAGGUGGAGCGAGUUCUAACAUGGCUCCCAACUGGAGCCACGGCACGUCGGACCUGCACACCAUCCACACUUUCGUCCGCAAGGCUCGUGCCAAUAAGAGCAACAAGAGCAUGCGGCGGCUGUCUUCUGACAGCACCCUGAUGGACAAAAUGUGUUUAAAAGACCCUUUCUAUGAGGGACAGAUGGCCAGCAAAGCUGAGCGCAAAAAGGACAAGAAGCUGAAGCGUCUUUCUCUCGGUUCAGGCGCUGGUGACAGCAGCAGCAGCGGUGGAGAGAAGCGUGCAAGGAUCAAGCGCAGCAAAAACCCCAAACAGUCCAAAGCCCUUAAGAAGCUUAAGAGCUCGGCCCAAAGCGAGACAGACUCGGAGAAUGGUCUCGGGCAUGGAGAGGAGCAUUUGGACCAGGGAGCAGCAGCUGAGCGCAGACUACAGGCCCAGGUGAAAGAAGAAAAGGAGGAAGCCACCAGAGAGGCAGAUAUGAGUUCCAGUGAGGGAGAGACCUGGAUAGCGGAUGAAGACAUAAUGGUGGAGUCAGGGGAUGAUUCAUGGGAUCUGAUCACCUGUUACUGCGGUAAACCAUUUGCUGGACGGCCCAUGAUUGAAUGUAGUCAGUGCAGCGUGUGGGUGCACCUCUCUUGCGCCAAAAUUAAGAAGUCUAACGUGCCCGACAUAUUUAACUGCCACAAAUGCAGAGACUCUCGACGGUCAAGUCAUAAAAAAGACACUUAGAUGAGGGUGAUCGUUCCCUCGAAGCUCUGAAUGUUCCCAGUUCUCCAGUUUUUGUAUCCAAAACCAUUUUCCGUUUCAAAAUACAUUUUUUCCCUCUCUUUCUAGUUACUCCUUACAUGUUUUAAAGUCAGUAGUCUCCAUUACCGAGUUCACUGAGAAAUAAUGUUUGAACUGAUCUCUUACCUCCAGAGCUGGUAAUUGAUCUUGGCUCGUUUGUAACUAUGCGUAAAACUAUUCUUAUUCACAUCAAAUUGUCAUUUGUUUAAAAUAAGCAGCUUGCGUAUUUAGUAAGUGGCGCUAUUUUUUCUUUGUUGGGAAAGUUAGAGAACACAGCCACACUGCAUUUUCACACAUGUAUACUGUGCUGAUUACUUUGGUAUUACGAGUCUAUUUAAAAGUAAAAAAAGAUAGAUAGAUAUAUAUAUAACUGCUCAAAAUCAAGAAAAAACAUUGUCCUGAUAUUGCCAAAGAGCUGCUAUGAGAGAUUGUAUUGACACCGUUGUUACUAAAAAAAUGUUAUUUCUUAGUGAACUGUCCAGUUGAUCUUUUUUUCAUUGCGAUAGAUGCCUUUGUUUGAAGACUAAUAGAUGUUCUGUGUUAGUCUGAAUGCAAUUACCUGUUGAUGAUCAUAAGACCAUUUGAAUUACAACCUCUUAAUUGGGAAUUUAUGUCAGAAAUCACACCCAAAUGGACUUGACAUGUAUUAGAUGUUCAAAUAUAAAGAGCUAUAAGUCAUUUAAGCAGGGAAUCUUUUCUGUUGCAAUUAUUGAUUUCAAACGUUAAUUUCUUCUAAUUAUACUGGUAAUGUACAGUAUGUUAACCCAUGUACUUUGUCGAAGAAGCUAUCAACUGUUCGGUCUUUAAUUACUUGCACAACAUAGUGUUCUUUUUCUCAAUGUGUUCAAUUUUUGGAAGAUUUCAGUUUAAUAAGAUGUGAAGGCUAGGUUUAGGAGCUUUGCUGAAGCUUUCCUUAAGUAGAAUGGUUGUAAGUAUUGUUUUCAAGACGCGUUUGAGGGUUUUAAACUCUGAGAACUGGUAAAGAUUACUCAUUUAUGCUACAAGCUCUUUCUUUUGAAUUAGUUUGGAGACUAUUGUUUAGAUUUUUAUUUUAUUUUUUUUCCUUUCUGGUUUAUUUGUGAAGCACGGGAGACUGGAAAUCCCCAAAAGCCAGACAUCUCUUGUUUCACCUUUGUAAAUAUCACAGAUUUUGAGAAGUGUACAUAUGUGAAAGUGAAGAGAAAAGCAAAGCAAAUGGUAUAUUUUUUUGCAUCUGAUAUUGUUUUCCUUAACUACCUGGAGAAAUAAAACUUUUCUUUAUUGGGCUUAAAA